UAUUUAUUUAGCAGGAAAAACCCUAGCUGCCAUCUUCAACCAACCUGCACCCAAAACCCUAACUACAACAACAAUGAAGAAACCAAAAUCCAAACAAGUACGUAUACAGAGCCGCAACACCGAGGUUCAAGAAAUCCAAUUGCUAGAAAAAUGGAUCGAAUUUGGAAAACCAGAAUCCGGUUCAAAUCCGUUAUCUCUCCCUCCGCUUCCCGCCAAAUCUCCGAUCGGGCGAAUUGAUGAGAACACCUACUCACAGUACGCAGGGUGUACGAAGUUCCAGCAGCUUCCGAUAUCGAAGAAUUUGAAAGAUGGGUUGAGGCAAGCUGGUUAUAAGAAUAUGACCAAUAUUCAGAGGGCUUCCUUGCCUCAUUCGCUUUCUGGCCGGGAUAUACUUGGUGCCGCCAAAACUGGCUCUGGAAAAACCCUAGCUUUUAUUAUUCCUGUUUUGGAGAAAUUAUACAAAGCUAGAUGGGGUCUAGAGGAUGGAGUAGGUAGCAUUAUCAUGUCUCCAACUCGUGAGUUAGCAGACCAGCUAUUCGGUGUACUGAAAUCUGUCGGCAAGCAUCACGGGUUCAGUGCAGGCCUUUUAAUUGGUGGACACGAAUACGACGAAGAGAAAGAUCACGUGAAUCGUAUGAAUAUAUUGAUUUGUACACCUGGACGCCUUCUCAAGCACAUGGACACAACCCCAAAUUUUGAUUGUUCACAACUACAGGUUUUGGUACUUGAUGAAGCUGAUCGAAUUCUCGAUGCUGGUUUCAAGAAAGAAGUAAAUGCAAUAGUUUCGCAACUUCCGAAACAUAGACAAACGUUACUUUUCUCCGCAACACAAACGAAAUCAGUCAAAGAUCUUGCGAGACUCAGUUUAAAAGACCCUGAAUAUAUCGCCGUUGAUGAAGAAUCUAUAGCCGCCACACCAAAUCGUCUGCAACAAAAAGUCAUACUCGUUCCUCUUGACCAAAAGCUUGACAUGCUAUGGAGUUUCAUUAAAGCGCAUUUGAAUUCAAGAAUUCUUGUUUUUCUUUCUACCUGCAAGCAGGUGAGGUUUGUACACGAAGCGUUCAAGAAACUGCGUCCUGGGAUCCCGUUAAAGUGCCUGCAUGGAAGGAUGAAACAAGUGAAAAGAAUGUUUAUAUUGCAACAGUUUGUUGAACAAAGAUCAGUUCUUUUUUCAACUGAUGUGUCUUCAAGGGGCCUGGAUUUCAACAAGGGGGUCGAUUGGGUUGUUCAGGUGGAUUGCCCUGAUGAUGUGGCGACUUACAUACAUAGAGUUGGCCGCACAGCCCGUUAUGAUUCUAUAGGCCGGUCCGUCUUAUUUCUCUUGCCUUCUGAGAUGAAAAUGCUCGAGAGAUUACAAGAGAAAAAGAUACCCGUCGAAUUUGACAAGCCAAACACAAAGCGAUUGCAAUCUGUUUCCGGUUUAUUAGCUGCUCUGCUAGCAAAGUACAAAGACCUGCAGCCUUUGGCCCAACGGGCCUUCAAAACAUACGUGAAAUCAAUAUACAAACAGAAAGAUAAAGAAAUUUUUGAUGUGACAAAGCUUCCCAUUGAUGACUUUUCAGCUUCAUUGGGUCUGCCUAUGACUCCACAGCUCCGUUACCUCAACCGUAAAGAUAUUGACAAAAAUACCCCUGGAGAGCCUGUUUCGGUUCCCCAAAUUCCCGCAAAGAAAGAUUUUAUAAGACCAAAGCCAAGUAACGAUUUACUCGAGGAAUCAGACGACGAAGAGAUACUUGAUUUACUUCGUAGCAAGGAAACUACAGAUGGCGAUGACGCGAAAGCAAUUGCAGCCGACAAUUUGCCUACAACUAGGGUUCUGAAGAAAAAGAAGUUGAAAAUUAACGUUCAUAGGCCUGUGGGGACCCGCGUUGUGUUUGAUGAAGAAGGUAACACACUGCCACCGCUUGCAAGAUUAGCUGACAUCGGCACCACCGACUCCGGCCUUCUUGAUAAACAAAAAGUAAUGGAGAGGUUUGCAGAAUUGAGAGAAGAAAUGAAAACACGCGACCAAGAGGACAAACUUCUAGAUCGUAAAAGACGUAAAGAAAAGAGAAUAAAGGAGAAAGAGAAGUAUAAGAGAGCGAGAAACGAAGAAGAAGAGGAUGAUGACGAAGAUGACUUUUCUGGGUCAGAUAAAGACUCGAAGAAAGUCAAAGGAUCAAAGGUGUAUUUUGAUAGUGAUAGUGAUGGUGAUAUGAAAGAUAAGGCGGCAAUAAAGACUGAUGAAAUCUCUUUAGCUGAACAAGAAGAACUUGCCCUAAAGUUGUUGAGUUCUAUGCACUGAUGAGCUUUCAUCGGAUCUAAGUGUUUUGGUCGACUGAAUGUCCUAAAUUUUGUUAGUUGUUUUACCGACGAUACAAGUAACUUAAUGAAAUUAUUUUGCUUCUAUAUUAAAACAAUUUGUGUA